CCAAUCCAGCUGUUAUGGAGUCAAUGGAUGAAGCUGAAGGACAACACGAGCAGCUGAACAGGAAGGAGCAGUACCUGAAAACCUCCCAGAAAACAGCACUACUUGGUUGGGCUGCAUGGUGGAAUAGAUUGAUGCCUGGAGACAGCAUGUAUCUGUUUGUCCUUUCACAGAUACUGCUUCUCGGCACGAUGCUGUGGUACAGCACUUACGGGACCAUCCCAGGAGCUCAGAAUGCAUUUGACCUGCUGUCUUACUUGCUUACUCCAUUUAAGCAGUUUUUGUCAGAUCAAGGGGAGGGCCUGACAAGAAUAGGGAGCAUUGUGGUAUCAUACAUCCUGCUGUCUUUAGCUUCUCUAGGACUUCUAUUUGUAGGUUCUCUGUUCUGGCAUCUACUGAGAGCCCAUCCGGACCCUCCUUUUCCACUGCAAGAAGACAGACGCCAGUCUGUGAGCCGGCAGCCUUCAUUCACGUACUCAGAGUGGACAGAGGAUAAAAAUGAGGAUGACUUCCUAGAUUUGGAUCCUGUACCAGAGACUCCGGUCUUCGACUGCGUAAUGGACAUUAAAGUGGAGACAGAUCCAGCUACUCUAACAGUUAAAUCCGUGGGCUUGCAAGAAAGGAGAGGUUCAAAUGUUUCACUCACACUGGAUAUGUGUACCCCAGGCUCCUCUGAGCAAGGUUUUGGCUAUGUCAUGUCACCACGGGAACAGUCAGCCCAGGAAUACCUUCAGACGGCAUCAAACAUCCUUACUGAAGAGGAACUGCACAAGAAAGCACUGGAUUCUUUCAUACUCCAGGCAGAGUUCUUUGAAAUUCCUAUGAACUUUGUUGAUCCAAAGGAAUAUGAUAUUCCAGGCUUAGUGCGUAAGAAUCGCUACAAAACAAUUCUUCCAAAUCCUCACAGCAGGGUGUGCCUUACCUCAGCUGAUCAGGAUGACCCCCUCAGCUCUUACAUCAAUGCUAACUACAUCAGGGGCUAUGGAGGAGAGGAAAAGGUAUAUAUUGCUACUCAGGGACCGAUAGUUAAUACUGUCAGUGAUUUCUGGAGAAUGGUGUGGCAGGAGCGUUCUCCCAUCAUUGUCAUGAUUACCAAUAUAGAAGAGAUGAAUGAGAAAUGUACAGAAUAUUGGCCAGAGGAACAGGUCACCUACGAAGGAAUAGAAAUCACAGUUAACAAAGUCAUACAAGCAGACGAUUACCGUUUAAGGCUCAUCACCCUGAAGAAAGGAGAAGAAGUCAGAAACUUGAAACAUUACUGGUACACAUCUUGGCCAGACCAGAAGACACCAGAUCAAGCCCCACCUCUGUUGCAGCUAGUACUGGAAGUGGAAGAGGCCAUGCAGAGUGCAGAAGAGAAUAAUGCACCAGUGAUUGUUCACUGCAGUGCAGGCAUCGGGAGGACUGGCUGCUUUAUUGCAACUAGUGUCUGCUGUAAACAGCUGAAGAGCGAGGGCAUAGUUGACAUAUUGCGAACAGCCUGCCAGUUACGGUUAGACAGGGGAGGAAUGAUCCAGACUUGUGAACAGUAUCAAUUUGUCCAUCAUGUCAUGAGCUUGUAUGGAAAACAGCUUUCUAGAGCUGCAGAAGAAUAAAUGUUCAUGAUAUUCCUAAAGGCUAAAACCAAGAGAAGUUUUGACUGCAUUCAGAUAUAUUUCAGAUCUGAUAAGAGACACAUGGUAACCUGGCUGUCUUAGCUGGAAAAAUAUAUUAUUUUACUUUGAUUUUGCUUUUAUGCUCUUGUUUGCAUUGACAUUUAAGAGCUGAGGUACGCCUUGUCUUAAACAUGUGACAGGACAUAAUCUUCACCAAAAAAGGCUUAUUUAUACUGUAAAUAAGAAUAGUAGCUUCAUUUGUUACAAAAGCAAGAAAAAAAUAAGAAAAAAAAUCCACUGUCUUCAGUUCGCUAUUUUUAAAAGAUUGUUGCUAAUAUAUUCAAAUACAGUGUGAAAUUUUUUGAAUUGUCAUGCUGAAAUGUGGCGUAUAUUGACUAAGCUUGGAAGUAACUUUUUGCCUAUUUCUGAUUGUUUUUACAUAUAAAAUUACCGAAUACUGUGUAUAUCGUAAACCUUCUGAGCCUCUGCAUUGAAAGGUUCAAGUAGAUCCACAUUGAAAUGAUGUUUCACACAUCAUCUUUGCUUGUUUAUUUUUUCUAAAGCAGUCCAUCACCAGUGUUAUCAGAACUAAGGGAUAGAGAGGGGAACACUUCAGUGACUUGAGUCAGAUUCUUACCUCUCGAUCUUACCAGCAGUGUGCCCCAGUAUCAUGACAGCUGGGUGAAUCUGAGGAGCAUAGUAGAAGUUAACCUGAAGAGAAAUUCUUCAUGCUUUACCUUUUCUUUGUAAUAAUUUGGCAUCUCAUUCAGCCACCAGAUUUGACUUUUGCAAAUAGUUUCUCUUUUUAUGGAGAUGACAAUCCGAAUACAAUUUCCCCUGAAAUUUGAGGCUUGAAAUCGUGUGAGGAAUUUGCUGAGUUAUAUUAAUCUUUGUUAAAAAUGUAAUAAAAUCACUUGUAUUAUAUGAAAUUGAAACAGUUUCAAACCUUUGAGGGUGAUGAGGUGCUCAGUGCUCAUUUAAAUUAAUGCAAUUCCUAUAGAGAGCUUUAAAAAAAAUCAUUGUGAAUGUGUUGGCUGCUUUCUGAUAAAUUUGCCCUUAAACCAAAUUCAGACAGUCAUUAGCCCAUUCUAAUUACUACCCCAGGCAGCAGUGUUCCCUUUUCAAUAAUACAGACUGCUGCCCAGGCUUUUCUUUUUAGACCUCAAGCAGGCUGUAAAGACUUCAGUUUGUGCUUUUUGCUUAGAGGUAAGCACAUGUUCAAGUAUUUUAUUGAACACAGGAAAAUGGAGAUACACAGGACCCUUAACAUGAAAGAUGAGAGGUUCGUGAAUAGAAGCUAUAAUGAUCUACUAAAAAUAUUUUUGCUUCUCUUUAUUUGUAACAAUAACCAAAACCCACUGCUUUUAUUAGUGCAGGAGAUUCUGAGAAUUUACUGCACUUCCUAAUCAGGAGAAGGUAAAGCAGCUCUCAGAACAAUAAGGGCUGAUCCUGCUCCCACUGAGAUUUUGCCAUUGACGUCAAUAGGUGCAGCGUAGGGCCUGAAAUGCUAUGCCUACAACUUCAUCACUGUGGGGAAAGUUUCCCAGUAUUUCAGUACACAUCUUUGUGUUUAUUCUGUAUCCAUGAACCUGUAAAAAUCCUGUCAGCAGGGUUUGCAUGAAUGUGUGGCAAAAUGUGUUAUCUUUAAACCACUUGAUUUUAUUGCUGUAUUUAAAAUAUUUUCUUCAGUGAGAAGCUAGCAGGAAGAACUGGCAUUCUUUUUAAAAAUACUGGUGGUACUCAUUAAAUAGAGCAAUAAACUUAAGCUUUUGAGCAUAA